GAUCAGAAUGAGUUUACACUUUUGUUUUUUUCCUCGAUCCCGAUCAAUAAUUGGCCGGGGUCAAGACACUAACUGUUCAAACCGCAUCUGAAAACGGUAAAAGCAACCUUACUCAAGAAGAGUUGCUACGACUCUUUAGUCGUUCUUCAGCAGCCAACAAAUAAUCUUCAAGAAAUGUUGAUCCAUCUGGGACUUUUAAUUUGUGUAGCAGUGUCUAACGCAAAUCCUAUCUAUGGAAGGCGCAGCGAAUAUGAACCUAGCAAAGUGCUCUAUGAUCAAAAGCAAGAAGGGGGUUGGAACAUUCAUGCGGACCUGAAAAACUUCCUCUUUGUCAUCAUCCCAGCAGUCAAAUCUACCCCAGCAGCAAAUUCGUCAGCCUUGUCUUCAUCCCCUCUUGAGCAGGGUCUUUUGUAUCUUCUAUCAAAAUCCGCAAACGCACAUAAGCACCAUCAACAUCAACCGACACACGGAAAACCCGAAGAAGAACCGACCGAAGAAACCAAGCAUUUCAUCGAAUCCAAAAGUGCCCCAUACCAGGUGGAUAUCUCCAAGACCUCAGGAGGCCUUCUAUCAAAAUUAUAUCCCGAGAAAACUGAGGAUGAAGGGGUUUUGGUAGCCAGAUCGCCUACUAUUUCUCUCCUGAAAGAUCCUGCUAGUGGGAGGAUGGCCAAGGCCCUGAUCCUCUCAGUACCUAGUGAAGACAUCGUUAUUACAAAAUCUAAAAGAUUAAAAAAGAAGGCAAUGGAAGAUCAAUUGAAGAAAAGUGAUGUAAACGUGUCAAACUGUCAGCCUGGACAAGUGAGAGAUUCAUAUGGAAAUUGUAAAGUUUUCAAAUACUAA